AUGCCAUUUACGUCUCAGAUAUCCAUCCCGCUCUCUUAUUCCCCGAUCGCAAUCGAGAAGCCCAUGAUUAACAAUACGAUGUCGACGCCUUACAACCUCUGCAUCUCCUUGCAUCUCUGCUCCUCCACCAUGCCAGGUCGUUGUGUAAUCAGCCAUCUGCCGCCCUCGCCACACGACACCCAAAGUCCAUGUCUGCCAUUCAUCCAUCCAUGUCUACACCCUUCGUCAUCAUUCACAUCAACUCGGUAGCUGACGGGCGGAGAAUCUCGGCAAUUCAAAAACUCAGUGGAUAUGACUUUCCACACACUGUCAUGUUGAUGUAAACCGCACACAGACACAAAUUUCCUAAGCGACGUCGCCCCCUCCAUGCAGGUAGCGGGGGGUCUACCAAAACCUUCGAUCGGAGCUGUUGCUUCGUAGUAUUCCAUCAUGGCCGUUACAACUGUCUGGCCUACAGAGGACAUGCCGCUUCCUGCCGUUCUGCUGCUGACGGGCUAGCUCUUAGCCGAAAUUUCCAACGGCUUUUCUUCUUCGCGUCCCUGGCAAUUCGUGCGUGCGUACGUACGUCCGACGGAUUGCACGGCGGGCGGUUUCGGAAGCCAUUCAAUAGUUCGGCGGCUAAGACAUCACUUUACCUGUUCAAUCUUACUCGAAAUGCAACAAAUCAAGAUUCGCACAUGAAAGCCAGCUGUGCCAAAACUGGCCUCUUACAAUCCCGUCCCUUCCCGCUCAGGGUACCUGGGUACAUGGUACUUGUCCCUGUUUGAAUGAGAGGCUGUCCUCUACGCGCGCCUAUUUGCCUCGGCCUAGAGAGCGCAUAAACGUUGCGACCUGGAUUCUCCAGAAUAAAUUGUCCCAGCAUCAAUAUCCUGCCCCUUUCAUCCUCGCUCCCGUCCCAGACAGCUUUGCAAAGGGAAAAUUGUUUAGCCUUCGCCUUUGUUUUUCUCCUUGUCCGGCUGAGCAACGACUUCUUGGUGGUGGGGAUGGGAAGCGACCAGCCUGCGUCAACAGUUUCAUCGUUGCUCGAAUGAUUCGGUCAUUUGCCCCAAUAAAGGUUGCCUAUCCACUUUCGCGCUGCAAAGUUUCU